CCUGGAGGAUGAGCAAACAAUGUUCCUUUUCCGGGAUUCCGUUGUCGGCCUAGACGAGCUAUGCGAUCUGCUAUCGGCUAAGUAAGGUUGAACCGAAACUACUUCUCAUCCACGAGGGAAAUCGCUCACGAUUUGGAUAUUUAGGGGCUUCCUUCAAUCCGCCGUCACAAGGUGUGGAAGAAUAAUAUCACAGGGACAAGCUAUAAGGACUAACACGCUUUAGAGAAUGUAACCACCAUGUUGCAGAUGGCUGUGUUUCAAAGCUGCACAAUGGGAGAGGAGGUCUGUGUGCAGAGAGUGUGGAGGUGGGAGAGGUUUCUACAUCCAGACCUGGACGAGUACAGUGACGCAGCAGUGACGUGCACAGAGCUUCUUUUUGGAAUGAGUUGAUUUCUUUUUUGGAUUUUUUAUUUCUUUUGUUUCCCCUCCUCUUGCCACAUUGACAUACAAACUGAGGGCAGCGGUCUCAAAGGUCAUGGACUUGGCGAGAGUUUUAUAAGGAUAUAGGAUUCAUACAGUCAAAUGACUGUAUACAUUUGAGCAACUUUCCAAAGACGCCUUUGGAGUUAGAUUUGGACUUUUCUCCAGUUCUGUAUCGGUGCUGACAGUUCAACAGUGUGGAACCGUCCCCGCCUGCAGCCAUCAACCAUCCUCAACUUCUUCCACCCACCCACCCACCCAGUGCCUAAAUAAGCCCCUUUGGGACAAUCACACAAGUCAUUAGCAGCUACUGUGCUCAAUCCUUUGCCUGUUUUCCUCAUUGUGCAUCUGCUCUGCACCUGCUGGCCCUUUUUUUCGCCAAAAUCUUUAAUUUUCAGCUCCCUCACUUUGGGAUUUACUUUUUAUUUUCAUUCCAAGCUAGAUAAUCAGAAUUUAAGCACAAAAAUUGCAAUUCACUGAAGAAAACUGUCUGAGGCUGUGCUUUUCUAUGCUCGAGCAGGGUUGGUACAAUGAAAACCCAAUUAUCUUCUUGCACCAAACGCAGUACCAUUGAAGCCAUACAAAAAUAUUUAUGAAUUUCCUACACAUAUUUUUGUAUCACCUUGCUCCUGCUUUUUUAUGCUUAAAUUAUAAUUCUGCAUAGACAAUUUUAUAUUUCCAUACUAUAAAAAUGCGAGUAGAAUUGUGUAUUGCUGUAUGAUUUUAAAGCGUAUAUAUUUGAUUGAGUGUUGUAGUGCUGGCUAGUCUUGCCGACUGUUUCCAUUCAUGUGCUGCUUGCUUCGGGGUCAUCCAUGGCAUCUCCCAGGCAAAUGCCAAAUUUGUCAUAUUAACUGGUCGAACAGCAUUUGAAGUAGCUCGGCAGUAAAUAGGUACCUCUCGCUUGGUCUUCCUCCCAUUGCUCCAUCUCUGAUGCCGGGCUUCAGCAGUGGGGGUGUUGGGGGAGGAGUGGGUGGCCAGGUUUCUGCUCCUCCCCGUCCUUUUAAACCCAGCCGGUAUGUUCCGGUGUCUGCAGCUACCACCUUCCUCGUCGGAUCCACCACGCUCUUCUUCUGCUUCACCUGUCCUUGGUUGUACGACUAUUUCUCCCCCGUCAUUCCCAUUUAUAUUGCGGUGAUCUUCCUCUUCACACUGGCCAACUUCUGUAUGGCCACCUUCAUGGAUCCGGGAGUUUUCCCCCGAGCGGAGGAAGAUGAGGACAAAGAGGAUGAUUUCCGCGCGCCGCUCUACAAGACUGUGGAGAUCAAAGGAAUCCAGGUGCGCAUGAAGUGGUGCUCCACCUGUCGUUUCUACCGACCACCCCGAUGCUCACAUUGCUCGGUCUGUGACAACUGUGUGGAGGACUUUGACCACCACUGUCCCUGGGUGAACAACUGUAUUGGUCGGCGCAACUAUCGCUACUUCUUCCUCUUCCUGCUGUCACUCACCACCCACAUCGUCGAUGUUCUUGGCUUUGGCCUGGUUUAUGUGCUGCACCACCGCCAGCAACUCGACAUGCCACAUGCUGCAGUGACUAUGGCUGUGAUGUGUGUUGCUGGUCUGUUUUUUGUCCCAGUUGCUGGCCUGACUGGCUUCCAUAUUGUGCUCGUGGCUAGAGGUCGGACCACAAAUGAGCAGGUGACAGGAAAAUUUCGUGGAGGUGUUAACCCCUUCACAAAUGGCUGCGCUAGGAAUAUUUCACGUGUGCUUUGCAGCUCACUAGCACCCAGAUAUACGGGUCGUUCGCGGAAGCCUCAGACUGUCGAAAUACAGCCUCCCUUCCUCAGGCCGCCUCUCACGGAGGCACAGCUAGAAGCCAAGGUCCUGGACAAUGGUAUCCAGAAUGAUCGACACAGCACAAGAUCAAAGAGCAGUUUGGAUCAAAUGGAGAGCCAGUCAGCAGACACUGAACCUCCACCUCCCCCUAAGCCAGAACUUCGUUACCCUGGGCUGCCUCGUGGUGACGCUGAGGAAAGCAGCUUGUUGACAGAAGGAGUGCCACCACAGUCUGUGUACAAGUACCGACCUGCAUACAACAGCCCAGGAAGGAACCACAGUGCCCACACACAUGCCGGCAAGGUGAUUCGCGGGGAGAGUCUCGACUCUCCGUCUCCCUCUAUUCUUCACUCCAGCCGCCAUCCCAGUUACCGUUCGGAACCGAGCAGCCUGGACGGGGCCACAGUGGUGGUGGGUGGUGCGGGGGUGUUCAGAGGGGGAGGGGAGAGGGGUGAGGGCCCCGGCGGCUUAGGCAGGACUGUCGGUGGGGUCUCAGGGGGCAUGUCGGGCUACACCCUGACCGGGCGCUCCCACACCUCGUACCCAUCCUCUCUGGUUCUGUCCACUGGGGGGUCCCACUCCUCCAGCCUGCGCUCGGCGCACAUGGCACACAAUCCUCUGGCCACCCUUCAGUCAGAAGGUACCACGGACACCAGCUACAAAAGUCUGGCUAACCAGACCCCUCGGAACGGCAGUCUGUCCUACGACAGCCUACUCACGCCAUCCGAUAGCCCAGAGUUUGAGUCUGCCGCCCACGAGUUGUCGCCGCAGAAACCUCGCGCCCCGUUCCCCUCCGCGACCGGGGUUGCGGUCAGAGGCCAGCCUGAAGCGGUGUCCCCCGGUUCUCCGCUGCAGGGCUAUACGUCGCCCUUCCUCUCAGCUCAGCUCAGCCAACAGAGGGAGGGCCAUCUGCUCCAGGGCUCCGCCACUUUUUCCUCCCCCCACAGAGCCUACCUGCGUGCCGUCAGCCCGCCCCCUCUCUCCGGGCCUCCCGAGAUGCUGCACCCGCUACAGCAUAACCACGACUCCUCCUCCUCCUCCUCCUCCUCCAGAGUUCCCCGUAACUCUGUGUCGUCGUCCUCCUCUCCGGGGGCUCGCUCGCCAGAGCCUCCUGUCUCCCCGCCGCCUCGCGGCCUCUCCCUGGGCAAGUCCCAGUCUUACACUGGGGAGGCGGGGCCCCAGCACAAGCUUCGGGCCACAGUGGUACUGGGAGGGGGAGGAGUUGGAGGAGGGCAUCAGGCUCCACACCAUCCUCUUCUUCCCUGAUCUGUGUGAGUCUUCCUUUUCCUUCUUUAGUUUCCAGACAGACGAUUAGUCUAAGGAGCAUGCCGGCAUGCGGUUGUUUUCAUCCAGCAGCCUUUUUCUUUUGUCGUCCCAUUUGAACACCGUAGGAAGUUGAAGAAGAGAGAAACCUUAAGUUGUCUUUGGAAUCGAAUGCCAAUUUCCCUGUGACCUAUAUGUGGUACCCAAAAUGUUUACACAAAAUUCAAAAAUACUUGGUUCUCCAGGUAUUACCAUCUUAAUCAACAUUAAAUUCUAGGCUCAUAUGUAGCUGACAGGCCCAAGUGUAAAUAAAAAGCAUAGCUGAGGUUUAUUUCUAAAAGUUUAAUUCAAUAUUAAACCACUGUAAAACUAUGCAACGUUUGAACAUUAAUACUGCUCUUACAUGUAAGUAUAGAAAAAUUCAUUGCAUGUAAGUCAAUUAAAAAAUAUCUCAAAAAUUAUUUAUAAACAAACAGUUCUAAAAGAGGAAAUGCAAAAAGCAUUGUACAAGUUAAAUGCGACUGAGCUGUAUUUAGCAAAUUUACUCCCCAAAAAAACUUAAGCCGAUGUAACAUUACAUCGUCAAUUAUUCUGUCUUUAAAAAUGACUGCAUUACACAGUGCUAUCUGAAUUAAGCCCGCCAUUUUGAAGCACAGUUUGACUGUGUAGUGAGUAUGUUAUCCCCUGGAUAGCGACUAGCGUGUAUCUUGAAAAGUACGGGGAAAAAAACUCGCUAGAAAAGCAAUAAACUGUACUGUAUCCCAUGAUGCAUUGCGCUGAAACGGAAAAAUAGGCUACCAUGGGCAGCUAUCGUGCAAAUGUUGAAGUGCAGUUGCUUUAUUUGUAGUCAUUUUGUAAACUAUCUUCAUCUUGAAAAACAAUUCAAGUCAAGUCAACAGUAUUUAUAGAGCACUUUCGAACAGCCAUCGCUGCAUACAAAGUGCUGUACAUGGAGCGAUUUAACAUACACAAUAAACGGUAAGACGAAUCGGUAAUAAGAUAAAGGUAAGAACAAUUGAAUGUUAUUGUACCGUCAUGAGUCGUGUUCUCAAAACUAUUUUUCUUUUGGCUGGUAGAUGAACUAUAUAGUCCACCGCACAAAAGAUCCCUUUAAUAGUGACUAGGGAAUGAGCGAAUGAUUCCGAACUCAGCCUUAGAGUUUUUGUCUACCUGAUGUGAUUUUCAAAAUAACCCCUCUCACCUCCAUAUGUCAUCCUCCCCCCUCCCGAUUGCCCUCCAUCCAGAUCAACCUCUCGCACAGUCUUGGCCAAUCACACCACAUCUAAACCAGGGGGCGGAGUGAAGAAGGUGACUGGUGUCGGAGGGACCACUUACGAGAUAUCGGUUUGAGCGACAAACGAUCUAUUCCACUGAGUAGGAGGGGAAAAAAAAGUCACUGGACAACUCCCACUUGUCUCUUUGAGCUGGACAUUAUUUACGACCGCAGAGCCUAAAGCCACGGCUGUGAGCGCACCUGCCCGCCGCUACCGACUGGCCUUUUCAAUCCGAACAAAGACCCCACAUGGCUCUUGUUUCACAGGCACAGACCGUUUGGAGGCUCUUUCUCCAAGGACAAAACACGCACGCAUUCAGUUCGACGUGAUUACAAUAGGACACAGUAUUUUUGACACUUGAGUGUGGCCAAUUAAAUUUUGAGGAGGACAUCUGAGUGUUGACCAACGAGGACCGUCUUGAUUAUGGACCACACAUCCUGUUGAGAGCAUCCAACCUAUAAAACACAGUAUCAUUUUAGUUUUAUAAAUCCUCGUUUUUAAAUAUGCUUUUUAUAUAAAUGUUUAAGAUCUUACAAAUUAUGAAUGGGUCCUUUCGUCAGGCGGGGAAAAUGACUUAUCGAUGAGGGUGGCAAGUGUAUUAUUGUUUAUUUUUCAUUACAAAUGUGUUGCCUGUUUAUAAUUGACGGCUGCAUCAGCCACUCGUGAGCUCUUGCCGAAAUUGUCGUGAUUCAAAGAGUCGACCUCAGACGUGGCAAACAAUUGAGCUUUAUUUUCAAAAGCCACAGAAAAACGUGGAGUGGAACGCAAUCUUUGUUGAAUGUACCUGUGUAAUGUUUUUGUGCUUGAGGCGGUAUGCAAAAUCAGUUUUGUAGCUUUAAGGUCAUCGUCUGUCUUGUUUCGGAUGCUUGCUCAACUGUUUUGAUCCUUUCCACGUAUGACCAGCCAAUUUGGGGCAGCAAGGGACGGGCUUAUUUAUUUCACCAAAACAGAAAAAGAAAACGUAGUUCAGAGCAAAACACGUCAAACCAGUUGCUUUUUGUUGUUUUCAACGUUUGGAUAGAUUUUAAUGAAUGCAAUAUACUAGGGAUGCACCGAAAAUGAUUGGCCAAAAAUGGCCCAAAAAUGACACAAACAACACAAUCAAAAUAGGAUGUUGUGCAUGCAAAAACCUGUCCAGUAAGCAUUCUGGGCAGGCUAAGCAGUCGCAUCUCACUCUUCUUCACUACCAUGCUUUCAAGUGUUAGGGAUCAUCCAUAUUAUGUUACGGAAACCCUCAUCAUUAAGGCC